UGGGGUCUCGGCCCUGCCCUGCCCUGCCCGGCUCAGUCCGGCCCGCUGUCAGUUCUCGGCGCUCCUUCUCUUUCUGCUUCCCUUGCUUGGCCGCUGGCUGCGGGCCGGUGGAGCGACCCGGCGGUGGAGGGGCUUGCUUUAGCAGGGAGAGAUGAGCAGCAGCAGUAAUAAGAGAGCACCAACGACAGCAACACAGAGACUUAAACAAGACUACCUUCGAAUUAAGAAAGAUCCAGUGCCUUAUAUCUGUGCAGAACCCCUCCCAUCUAAUAUCCUUGAAUGGCACUAUGUUGUCCGGGGACCUGAAACAACUCCUUAUGAAGGUGGCUAUUAUCAUGGGAAACUAAUAUUCCCCAGAGAAUUUCCUUUUAAACCUCCUAGUAUUUAUAUGAUUACACCUAAUGGAAGGUUUAAGUGUAAUACAAGGUUAUGUCUUUCAAUCACUGAUUUCCACCCUGAUACAUGGAAUCCAGCUUGGUCAGUCUCAACCAUCCUGACAGGCCUCCUUAGUUUCAUGGUGGAAAAGGGUCCCACCCUGGGCAGCAUAGAGACUUCAGAGUUUGCAAAACGACAACUUGCUGCACAAAGCUUAGCAUUCAAUUUAAAAGAUAAAGUCUUCUGUGAGCUCUUCCCUGAAGUGGUGGAGGAGAUUAAACAAAAACAGAAAGCACAAGAAGAGCUCAACAGCAGACCUCCAUCCCUCCCUUUACCAGAUGUUGUCCCUGAUGGGGAAGCACACUACGGUCAGAAUGGAAUCCCCCUUCUUAACGGGCACGUUCCAUUGGCACCUGCCAACCACCCUGGCCUCCAGCAGGCCAACCGUAACCACGGACUCUUGGGUGGAGCUCUGGCGAACUUGUUUGUUAUAGUUGGUUUUGCAGCCUUUGCCUACACAGUCAAAUAUGUACUGAGAAGCAUAGCGCAAGAAUGAGGAGAAUAAAAUCCAAGACCAAAUUAGAUGUAGUUGCUGAGUGAGUGGGACUCUUUGGGCGUCUGACUUUUGACACUGGGAUAAACGUUUUGUGUUACCAAAUGACAGGUGAAAUCUUGGUUGGCUCACGUUUUGAGUUUGGGAAGUGGGAGUAUGUUCAGUUAGGCAGAAAACGAAACAAAGUUCUGCUCGCAGAUCCUGUUGUCAAGUCAAAGCAUUAUUGAUGAAACACCAACAUUUCUAGUGCUUUGAUUUUUAUAGCACUUCUCCAUCUGUUAUUUGAGAUUUGAAAACCUGAAGCAAAUAAAGCUUUUUACUUCAUUGAACAGUUUUUAAAGGUUCACACGUGGUGCAUAUCGUUUUAGUUUCAUUAGGGAAGAGUCUGUACACAAUUGGAGGUGAGUCAAGAUGAGGACUUGGUUCAUGUGAACGUGGAUGCUACAGAAGAUAGAUGUCUUCAUUUUUAUGAUAGAAUGAACAUCAUUGCAUAUCUAGUCAGUAGUGAUCAGAUGAGUUGGGAGAAUAACACCGUAUGUGUCUGAUGUGCUGUCUAAAUUGUCACUGUGUAAUUGGAGGUUUUAUUUGGGCUGCAGGGGGUGCAGUUGUCAGCCAGUAGGAAUGGUUAGCCUGAGAAAAGUGUCUGAAUUGCUCUUUAGUGGGAAUACAGCUGGGCAGUGUUGUUUUGGAUUCGUUCAUUUAGGGAUUUCCAUUUGGGGAAGUGUUACCUUUGAAAGCUGUAAUACUUUGUUGUGAUCACAAGGUGCCACUGUUGAAAAUAAAAGCUCACAGACCAAUGGAGAGUUGAUUACCAAUUGAGAACAUCUCUGGAACUGCUGGGUUUUAGACACUGAAGUAAACCCAACCCUUGUGAAGUCAGUCUUGUCUGAGUAACAGGUGAGCUGCUUCAGUGUCAGCUGCAUUAACCUGAAAUGUCACAAGAUGAAGGAAGUGAGCCCCUGGCAUUAGCUCUGCUUGCUUACUUGAGAAUGGGCCCAAAAAUCCCAGAGCAAUGCAAACAAACCCACAAAGCCCCAACUACUGAUUUUAUUUUAUUUUUUUCCUAAGUUUUUAGAAGCUUUUGGCUUCUAGUUCCGAGUUUGUCUCUAUUCCUCUUCUGCUGAUAGCAAUACUGUUUGUUGGUGAGAUUGCAGGAUUGUGAAUAAAACAGUGAAGCCUCGAGUAUAGUUUGAAAGCCUGAAGUGACUUUUUCAACUCAUCCUGCUUUUUUUUCCUGCUUACUUUCCUCUAAAUGCUUUUCCAGAGGUGAACAUACUGUGCCUUUUAGAAUUGGCAGUGAUGUCUUGUCUUCUGGGGAGGGUGCACUUGCUGUCAAUGGUACAAAAAAGGUGAUAGCAGGGUAAGAAGCUCCACCUCCAGCUGCUUUGUCUGUUAGCUGUUGUGAAGAGCCCAAUCAAUAUUACCUCAUGUACUUAAGAUCCUUUCUUUUUUUUUUUUAAACUGUUUUAUUUUCCCUUUCAGAUUCAUUCUCUCUCUGCUUCUCCUCGGUAUCUUGAACUGUAAGCAAAACUAAAUGAUAAACCCUUGAGCCAUGCAGUUUAGAGCUUCAGUAAACGUGACCAAUCCUCUGCAGUAGGUAGGAAUUAUCAAAGCUAGCAGGACAGCUCUACACUAAAGAAAUCUUCAAGUAGAUCUGAGAUAAGGGAGGGAGGGGAUGUGGAGAAGGCUGGGUUUUAAAAUGUAUUUAUAGGUAUUUUUUUUUUGAUUCUGUGGUUUUACCAAAUCUUAUUUAUAACUAAUUUGCCUCUUGUAUGUGCAUAAUCAGCUCUUGUGAAAGGAGAAACACCGAUUUUAUGUGCAUCUGGAAACAGUUCUGUCAGUGUGGAGGUACUGUGAAGGAAGGAGGGGUGUCGAGUCUUCCUUGCAGUGAUGGGGUUUUCCAGGUGGCUUGUCAGUGACUUUUAUUUAUAUCUUCUUCCUCAAAGCAGAUGGACCUUUAACUGAGGCUGUUCUGCCUCACGGAUCUUCGUAUCAUUCAGAUGUGUUUGUGUUCUCACAAUGCCUUUUUGUUUUUAACCAUUGACGUCGCCUGCAGACAAAAGCUUGUGAAUGGUUGUCUGUGUUUAUCUUAUGGAAAAUCUUUUGUCCACGUAACUGAAGACAAAGGCAAGGAGCCCUCGGGUAUGGUUAGAUGGCAUCUCUUGUGAAAUGUGCCUUGCCAAGGUGAAAGAAUGAGUAAAACUGGGAGAUGGCACAUCACAAAAUGUCUCUUAGGAGAAAGCAACAAGCAGUUGGCACUAAGCUAUGCAUGAGCAUCUGCAGGUGGGUCCCUUGUUUUUAAGAAGUGCCACAACUGGAAGCAGAAAACAGCCUCUUGUUAAACCCUGGAGAUGCUGCACCUUCUGUGAGGAUUGGCUUCGUUUAAAACAAACACAACAAAAGAAACCCCAAAACCUUACUUUGCAUUUGCAGUUUCUCUUCAGUACCCUGGAUUCAGAGAGAUUGGACAGUCGUUUUGGGUGCUAUUUGUUGAAAGCUAGGAGCAAUAUCUGACUGAAUCCUUGCACUUCUAGCUUUACAAAAUGUCCAUAGGUGUCCUUGCUCCUUGCCUUUGGUAACAGAAGACUUAUUCCCUUUUGUGUAGUUUGUCAUUUUGUUCUUUUUCUUUUUUUAAGGCAUUUAUAAUAAGAUGCAGUAUCUGAUCUUUUUGUUACCAAAGUCAGUAGGUGGAGUAAACCAGUCUUUGCCGUGCAAAAAUGUUACCAUGCCCUGAAGCAGUGCAUUACUUGAUGUAAUAAAAGCUGUCCCUCAGUGUGUGAUAUUGGAACGAAUGGUUGCCCCUUCACUUUCAUGCUGCAAUUUCAUAGAUUGCUGUAAGACGGUAAGGAAGUUUUGCAACUUGAAUUGUGAGGCAUCUCAACGAUGGCCUUUAAAGAUCUCGUGACUUUUAACGAUCCUGGAUUUAUGUGUAGUCUUUUCUCCCCCCCCGAAAUUUCAAGGUCACAGGAAUUACCUCACUUCAAGCAUGUACUGAGGAGUAGAAACGGCUGCAUUGUAAAGUUGUUUGUUCAUAAUAAACAUUCAUGAUAAAAUUUAAA